GACUGCGGACACAGUACAGGGAUGACCAGAGACUGCGGACACAGUACAGGGAUGACCAGAGACUGCGGACACAGUACAGGGAUGACCAGAGACUGCGGACACAGUACAGGGAUGACCAGAGACUGCGGACACAGUACAGGGAUGACCAGAGACUGCGGACACAGUACAGGGAUGACCAGAGACUGCAGACACAGUACAGGAGAUGACCAGAGACUGCGGACAGUACAGGGGACAGGGACAGAGACUGCGGACACAGUACAGGAGAUGACCAGAGACUGCGGACAGUACAGGAGAUGACCAGAGACUGCGGACACAGUACAGGGAUGACCAGAG